GGUUGUCGACAACUGGAUUGAGUCGUGGGAUUUUUUUUCACAUUGAGAAGCCAUGAGAGACCGAGUCAAACUUCUGAAGAAUGGAAUGAUGUCCUUCUUCGAUCCUUCCUCCCACUUAAUGCCUUCAUCCAAAUUCAAACCCUAUUUCUUGCACGAUCCAGAUUUCUCUAGUAAAUUGUAUCCUAAAAUUGCAGCCGGAAGAACAAUCGAGUCGUUCUUUUGAUGGAGAAUCCACUGGUUGAAGGUAGCCAAGGGCGGAGGAAAGUGGUGGUUAUCGGUGGCGGUGUUGCUGGCUCCUACAUUGCUAAAUCGCUGCAGUUUCAUGGCAAUCUAACGCUAAUUGAUCCGAAGGAAUAUUUCGAGAUUCCAUGGGCAAGCUUAAGAGGAAUGGUGGAACCAAGUUUUGCAGAGAGAUCGGUAAUCCAGCAUAAAGACUACCUAACAGCUUCUCGUCUCAUUGUAUCCAGUGCCAUCAGCAUAACUGAUUCUGAAGUCCUGACAUCGGAGGGUCGGUUGGUUCCCUACAACUAUCUUAUAAUUGCUACUGGUCAUCGGGAUCCAGUACCAAAAACUAGAGCCGAAAGACUCGUACAAUACCAAGCAGAGAACGAAAAAAUAAAAAGUGCUGAAUCAAUUUUGAUUGUUGGAGGUGGACCUACUGGAGUAGAACUUGCAGGAGAAAUUGCGGUUGAUUUUCCAGAGAAGAAGAUAACAUUGGUGCAUAAAGGCAACCGGUUGCUGGAAUUUCUUGGACCAAAGGCUUCCAAGAAGACCCUAGAUUGGCUCAAAUCAAACCAUGUCGAUGUGAAACUGGAGCAAACUGUAGAUUUGGAGAAUGUUUCAGAUGGAAGCAAUGCAUAUUCAACUUCAGCUGGUGAAACUAUUCGAGCCGAUUGCCAUUUCUUGUGCAUUGGGAAGCCAUUGGCAUCAUCAUGGCUCAAGGAUACCAUCCUGAAGGAUAGCUUGGAUGGCCAUGGCAGGUUGAUUGUCGAUGAAAAUUUGAGAGUCAAGGGCCGCACAAAUAUCUUUGCCAUCGGAGAUAUCACAAACAUCAAGGAAAUGAAGCAAGGUUAUUUGGCUAAAAAGCAAGCGUCAGUUGCGGCCAAAAACUUGCAACUGUUGAUAGGUGGAGGAAACGAAAGCAAAAUGUCAACUUACAAGCUAAGUUCAGCUAAAGCGAUUGUUUCACUGGGAAGACAUGAUGCGGUUGCUCAGUUACCUCUGACUACAGUCAUUGGGCUAAUCCCGGGAUUAAUCAAAUCCAAAGACCUAUUCGUGGGGAAAACAAGAAAGGAGCUGGAUCUUGAUUCUCGUAUCAUGCAUUAACAAGAACGAUGAAUUUGGUUAUCAAUGUACCUUCUACCUUCCGAUGCUUCCAAGGUACUUCUGAAUACAUGUGGUCUCUGUUUCUUUGUGGCUUUGAAGAUGCUGUGAUUGUAGAUUAUGCAUCGUAUAUAUGUUGUGUUUUGUAGCUGUAUAAUACAACAAUAACUAUAUUUUUUAUUUCUUCUUGCAACAUAUGACACAAAAUAUAAUGUUCAAUGGCUAAUCAGAUAAA